AUGCGGAAGGAGGGGACCGCUGAGUUGGAGAUAGGCCGCUAUCGUGUUCCUGCUGGGCGAUCGGGCGGUUAUUGCCUGUUUCACCGCUCUUUCAUCCUGCCAUAUCCGGCACAAAGCGCCGGCCACCCAACUCCGCCGCGUAGCAACCCGGCCCCUCCCCGGACGGCCGGUGGCCACUCGCCGGCCCAGCACAGUGGCCAGAUCUCGGAAGCAGAUGCACGCCCGAUGCGCGCCGGAUCCGGCAGGCCGCACCCCAGAACCCAGCCAAGGCGGCCAAAUGGGGUCCCGUGCGAGUCGAGCCCUCACGGCGUGACAACUUCGCCGGUCACAGCUUCCCUCCCGCCAUUGACGAUGGGCUCCUCGCUGACGCACAAGUGGCUGCAGCAGCACGUCCAGCCGUACCCCAACGCGCCACGCGUCUACGCCGACAUCGACGCGGUCCUCACACGCUUCCCGGCUCUCCGCCCAAAGUCCGAUGUCUACACCUUCGAUGACGGCCGCACCCAGCUCCUCCUGUGCGUGCACGGCCUGCUGCCCAUCACAUACCGCCAGGCGUCGUACAACAUACCCAUGGCCUUUUGGAUCGCGCGUGAAUAUCCCCGCCGUCCCCCGAUCGCGUAUGUCGUGCCUACAAGUGAUAUGCUCGUCAAGCCAGGCAGGUACGUCGAUGUCAGCGGCAGAUGCAAUAUCGAGUACCUCCAGAACUGGGAACGCAAGGCCGAGGGCUGCAGUCUAUCGGCCCUCUGUGAAGCGCUGCAGGAUCACUUCUCUCGCGAACCCCCGGUGUACUCCAAGCCCAAGGGCCACCAGCAACCCUCUUCGAUCAGUCAGAGAUACGCAGACAAGCCUCCACCUCCCGUUCCAUCAACUUCAUCUACGCCAACACCUCCACCACCACCCGUCCAAAUCUCUUCUCCCGCCCGGCCCGCUCUCCCGAAUAAACCUCCUUCCCUCGUUUCCCCUUCACCUGCACAGUACCAGGGAGCUUACAGACCCGCAGGCGCCACAAGCCAUGCACCUUCAUCACCUGUUUUGCCACAGACCGCACCGCCUCCUCCCCUUCCACCUCAUCCUCCGGCAGCUCUGAUCGGCCAUGCAACACCAAUUUUUUCGUCCGUCGGAAUCGUAGGCGGUCCUUUUUUCUCGCCUGCUCCACACUCCUUCCGUGGCGACUCCGUGGCGAUCUCCAACACCUCUCCCCAUCCACCUCUUCGGCCACUGACAAGCUUACCGAUUUCACCGCCACCACCUCCUGCGCUGCCACCACCAGUACCUCUCCCGCAAUCUCAUGUCGUGUCAAGUUACCUCCACGUCAGGCCUCCAGACCCUCCUCGGCCGGAGCCUCAUCACCCUCCCAUCCCCGAUUUACUCGAUGAGGACAAUGACUCAUCCACCGCCGCAGCUCCCACAGUAACUUUCCCAGCACCGCCCCCACGCCCUCCCAAUCCCGAGCUGUUGAGACUACAAACGGAAGUUCAUCAGAAGCUAACCUCGGAGCUCAACUCUCUUUCCCAAGCGCUUUCGUUGGACGCGGAGAAACUGCGUGCACAACAAGCAGAUCUUCUAGCCGGAGAACCGGCCAUCAAGGACGAGAUGGCACGUCUCGAAGCAGUCCGUGAUGUCUGUCGGAAUGUGGCAAGCAGAACUGGACAGGCCGUCCGUCAAGCUGAGGCGAAUAUCGCGGAAUUGCGCAGGAAAGGCGAUCCUGAGGUCGACGAGCUCGUAUGUGCGACUACUAUCGUUGAUAACCAACUGAUCAAUCUCAUUGCGGAUGACAAUGCUAUUGAAGAUACCUUAUACCACCUCCACCGAGCGCUAAAUGCCGGACGUAUAGACCUAGAGCGCUUUUUGCGGUCGACCCGCGUGCUCGCUGAAGAGCAGUUCAUGAAACGCGCACUGAUAGAGAAAAUCCAAAACGGCAUGUCAUCAAUGCCGUCAUCUUCGUAUGCACAUGUCUCCUAG